ACCAGAGUGUGGGAAUGGUCGUAACAGGCCGGUGUCCUAGGAUCCCGUUGGGGGCCGAACCGAUCCGAAUAGAGAAUAAACCUCGAAAGGUGUAGGUUGCAUUUUCAGUGAGACAAGAGUACCGAGUGUGCCCGGGUGAGUGUUAAAAUUCAGCGGCAACGUGCACUGUUACGUCCAUCUCACCAAAGCCCCCAACAAUCCCCAAGUAACUCAAUAAACAUCCCCAUUGGUGUACAUUAACUUCCCAUUGUGCCAUGAGUGUCUCGAUACGAGGCAUUUAAACAAAAUGGAAUAAAUUAUUCCACAAACACAUAUGUCGUGAGGUGCUUUGGAGCAUUGUCAUCGAAGAGUGCCACCCAUUUUCUGGCCAUUUGUUGCGACGACUGUUAACUAAGUUGAACAAAAAUAGUUACAAUUUUUGCUCGACGUAUAUAUAUAUAUAUAUCUAUAUAUAUUUUGUUCACUCCUUUUGUUGGGAUAUCGAACGUCGAGUGGUCGUUAGUGCUGGGUGUAACGAGCAUACGCCUCGAGGAAGCGUCAACUCUAGGAGCUUUCACAACCACCAAAUGUGCCUGACUCUUGUGUUUAUUUGUCGGAUAAAUAGUACAGAUGAGUGUGAAAAAAAAAUCAGUGACAGCCAUGGAUAUUGACUGUCCAAUUGUUAGUCUCAAACGUUCUAGUAGUGCUCCUAUGAUUAAUGAAAUCAGUGCCACUAUGUCCGUCAGUUCACCUUCUACAUCUGCGCCGAGGGACGCAGUAGCAACGUUCAACAUAUUCUCCAAUACACCGAGAACGAGGCGGUUCAGCACAAGUAGUCCAGGAAGUGCUCCAAGACUGACACCACGUGUGAAUCAACUGAAGCAGGAGGAGUGCCUGGAUGUGGCUGGUCGUGAAGCAGCCCACGAGAAGGAGAUCCACAGUGCAAUGCAGAUAUCCCAGUCCUGGGAGGACUUGACACUAGAGGCCGAGGGAUUAUCAUUCAAGGACUCUGAAUCGCCCACACAACAGUUGAAUAAAUGCGACAAACAGAUAACAAAACGAGUGUUCGAUCCACUCAAUCUGAAUUUACCAGUUGGUGGGGGUCCUCCAUUGUGCUCGUCUCCAUCGCCCACUAGGUCACAUCUGGGUCAACGCCAGUGCUAUUCACCUGGCUUACAUAUGGUCAAUUGGAAGACCAAUUUAUCACCGAGUCCAACGAGAAAGGCCUUCGCUACCAGGCGCAGCUUGAGCCCCAUUGCUAUUCGACCGAGUUGUCUAGGACCUGUUAAAAGGAAGUUCGAGCUCGAUGACAGCAACGGGGAUCAGCUCCUUCAACCGCCAGCCAAACGGACGUCAACGUUAGUUUUAUCGAGUUCACCGAGGUUGUCAAGUCCACUGUCCGGGACGAUAAGCUCCGUAGGGACCCCUGAAUCCUUAUGCAGCGUCGAUUCGCCAGGUUUUUCAUUUCGCCCAGUUGACAGUCCAUCCCCCAGUCGAGUGAUGACGAACGGAGAUGAGCCGAUGAACGAAGGGAACGAUCUGAUUAAAACAACCGGACAGGCUCAGACGAAUCAGACUGGUCAGUGCAAUCACAGGUGAACAGCUUCCUUCCACCAACAAAUUAUCGUUACCCCAUCGAUAUUCAACCGAAAUGAAACUCGAAUUAACAAGAUACUUCGUCAUAGUUGUCUUUACUUAGUGCGUAUUAAAUCAAUUAUCUAAUGCUGAUUGCUACUUGCCCAAAGGUGCCAGAAAAACGCAGAAUUUCCUUGUUGUGGGUGAAGAAAAUUCAAUAGAAUAUCCUGGGUUAGAUUUUUGCAUUAAAUUUAACGCAUGAAUGGUUGAAUCAUGGGAAUGAAAUGCAUUGAUUUGAAUCAAUGAUUGUUCUUUCCUCAAAUUCACAUCGUUCUAACGUGAAUCGACAGAUGGAAGCGGAAUUCAUUGAAGUUAAGAAGCUGAACAAAUAAAAAAUAUAACGGCGGGAUUUCCAUUAUUUUUUAAAAUAAAUAUAGAUGAAUUUCCUAUUGAUAUUUUCUUCACACGAUUAAUUAUCUCCAGCAACUGAAGGGAGGAGAGAUGAAUAUUCGGAGAAAUCUCCACUUUUUUGCGUGAAUUUUUGCAGAUGUGACAUUUUCAUCACAAUAAUAUAUGUAUAGUUAUAUAUUUUUUAAUGAAAAACUCCAUUUACCUGACUGUGUUGGGAGGGUGUAUAGGCGAAACUUGUUGGGGCAUCCAGUCGAUACAGUGGCCUCGGGAAGAAUGAAAAUUCAUUAUAACUCGCUUUUUAAACUAUUUUCCAUACUCUCAUUGAUUAUGUUUUCCACUUCCUCGAGGCCUGUACUUAUAGCUAGUCUUUUUCGUUAUCAUUCGAAUUCCCAUUUCUUAUUGAAUGGGACGAAUUACACGUCACGAAACUAGGACGUAGCUUGGUUUAGUUAUUUAGCUCGGAACUGAGUGUUAUGAGUGGACAGAGACUGAUGUCUUAUCAAUUUUUUCGCUUUCGCUUCGAUUCUAGUGGUUUGGAUGAUCUCCAGGUCGGUUUUGCAAUCACAUAUCUCAGAUUUUCAUGUGAAAAUCAAACUCACUUCAAUCUGAUGUAAAUACUUGGAUAAAUUAAUUGAUUCCUGAGUAGGUGACUGCAAAAUUAUUGCGUUGUGGUACGUCAUUAUUAUUUAAGUAACUGUGACUCGUUUAUAGUAGUGGAGUUCAGGCAGAAACUGCGAAAACUUUCGCGAGGAAAAAUUGUUUUCUUGGUUUUUUAUGAGAGAGAGAAAAUCAAAUUUUUGGAGAAGUCUCGAGGGAAUUCAGUACUUGAAUUUGGAAAUUUUCAAUACAUUAAAUAACAAUUGGACAAGGGAAUGUGCUUCUCUUUAUGGGAAUUCUUCCACUGCUUUUAGAUUUUGAGAUAUUUAUGAGAAAAUAAUGCUGGAGAUAUGUUAUCUCGUUUUACCACUUCACUACAGAAUUGUUCAGUCUUUAUUCCAAGACAUCUCGGUAUUUGCUCCUCUACCUCUCAAGGGUAUCGAGCACAGAAUCGUGAUUUUUUACUAAUGUCUCAACAUUUUAAGUAAAUCCUCCUAAUUAAUUAGAUAAUACUUUGUACAUGAUACCGCAAGGAAAAUAAUCUCGCAAUUUAAUAAACCCUUUUAUUAUAAAUAAAUUCAUCCACGAAUGACACUCAGUUCUGAAAUUGUAAAUAGCGCUAUAGCUUUACAACUAAAAAUCAACGUAAUUAUUUAAACUGCGCGUAUAGUGAAGAAUGUGAUUCGAGAUUGAACAACGGAAUCGGCGAUUGAAACAUAAUCGAGUGAUUAUUGUUAACACCCAAGGAAGCAUUUGAGAUGUCAUAACGAGUGAUUAUUUUAAACCUCUUGAGAGAAAUUUUUCGCUCCUUCUUAUUUUUUACUCUGAGAGUGUUCAAGGAAUGAUGCAAUUUGAAUUUAGAGGAAUUAUGAUAACGUUAGGAUGGCAUUGAUCCCCUUCUCGAUAAUGCAAUUAUGCUUCCUACUUCUAAGACUGAUAUAAAAUUGAACGUUUCCUUCUUUUCUUCAAUUUUUUAUUGCUCGCGAAAUAAUUUCACAGAAAACACUAGCGAGUUUGGUGAUAUGGAUUUUUUUUCUAUCAACAGCUGUUCCCUUCCAAUUUUUCUUCACAUUCAGAAGAAAAAUUAUACCCGGCGAGGAUGAUUUUCUGACAGAAACACUAAUUCUUUCCCCUUUUAUUUUUUCUACAUCCCCUGUAUUUCUUUUAUUUAUCGAGAAAAGAAAAACAGCAAAUAUUUAUUUAAUUUUUAUCCCAAUUGAAUUUUCUAGGGAAUUCGCUAGACUUUUCUGUUUUUUGUACUCUGUGAAUAACAAACGAAGAGACAAUCUUCUCAAUCGAUUGUAAUGCGUAUCUUCCAGUCAUUGAGGAGACAGAUCGUUCUAGGCAGUAAUUAGAAUUGAUCUCAGUGAUGAGAGGGUAGAACGGGAUGAGGCGAGUUAUUAGUGAAGUGGUAAAUCAUAAUAAAUAAGGGCUAACAGUUUUUCUCACUCUACUAACCUUUUAUGAGAAACUUCCUUGAACUCUCGAUUUUUGCCAUAGAAAGUAUUUCUGUAAUUUAUAGUGUCCUUAGAUUUGAAAUUAUCGAUGAAAACCUCAUUAAUCCUAGCUUAGUCACGCUAUAAGGCAAUACCGCAGCGUGUGGUUAUUCAUGAAUUGCUGUGAAUUGAAAUAAAAAUAGACUUUUCUAAUUAAAGUGUCUAGAAAACAACAGCGGUUAUAUGAUUCAGAUAUAUGAAAAAUAUAUUUCGACAUGUCUCUUUUCCCCGCGGGUAUUAGGAUUAAGAAUUCAAUUCAUCUCGUUCUACAACCCCUCGACUGAUCUGAUAUUUAACAUAUGAAAUGUCUGCUCAACUUACCGAAUGAGCCAUCAAUCAUAUUCAAUAGAUUAAGUACAAAUUGUUUCAUCGAGUCAUUACUCACUGAAAAUCGAAAGUAAUGACUCGAUGUAAACGGAGAAAACAAUACUAUCGUAGGUGUAUUAUAGUAAUUUAGGGCGUAUUUAAGCCUUACUCGUAUGUAUAGUAACUGAUAACUAGCGCGAAUAACAAUAAACAUUGUAAAUUAUUAUUUUUCUCCUCUCGAAUAGGUGAAUUACUGAUAAGUACUGAAUUAACGUUUUAUUGAAAAUGAAAACGUAAUGAAUAAAAUAAUUAAUAAGUAGGGACUGUUGUUCGCUUAUGGAGAGAAAAAUAUUAUUAAUCAAUUUAAGAUCUGCGGAUUGUUGAUAUGCCAUUUUGUGAGAGGAUGUGUAGGUCUUCGAUUAUUUCUGAAUGCACGUAGAGGAUUUAUUUUUCAAAUAAAACAAAUGAAACAUUCGGUGUAACUUGAUUUAUAUUUUCUUUAGGGUGAUGAAAUAUCACGGCAAUGUGUGAACAUUAUAUUUACCCUUGCAAAUACAUCAAAUACACGACACCAAAGAAAUAUUA